AAGAAUAAUAAUAACAAGUUUUUGUCAUCCUUUCCUUUCCUUCCCUUCCCUUGUAGUGAGAUGAGAAGAGAGAGAAAGGUCCUGAUCUCGUCCCCAAACAAGGUCAUGAUCUUCCUCCAUCUUGCGACAUUAAUCUGAGUUACAUAUUGUGUUAGAUAAUCACAUAUUUUGCAGCAUAUAAAAAAAGAGAAAAAAAAUGGCUAGUCGAUCAUUUUCUCAUUUUGUUGAGAAAGAAAUGGGAAAGUUCCCACACUUUGUGAUCUAUAUGCUUCUUGAGUGGGUAUUAAUAUUAAUAUUAUUUCUUGACGGGUUUCUAGCAUUCAUCGCUAAUGAGUUUGCAAGGUUCUUUGAAUUGAAAAUCCCUUGUUGGCUAUGCACAAGAUUUGACCAUGUAAUGGUUCAUAGAAAUCCAGAUUUUUAUUACAACGAGUCCGUCUGUGAGACUCAUAAGAAAGACAUGUCAUCUCUUGCAUUUUGCCAUAAUCACAAGAAACUCUCGGACAUAAGAAAGAUGUGUGAAGGUUGUUUACUUUCAUUUGCAACAGAGAAAGAGUCGGAUUGUGAUACAUAUAAAUCACUCGUGGGGAUUUUGCAUAAGGAUUUAGAGUGCUUUGUUGAAGAUGGACAACCAAUUCAGUUGAGUUUGAAAGAUGACGAUGGUUCCAUGAUGCAGGUUAUUGACAGAAAUAGUCCUCAAAAAUGUUCAUGUUGUGGACAACCAUUGAAAGUCAAAUCAUCAUCAUCUUCUUCUUCCUCCUAUAAUGUUGCCAAAGGUAGACAUUCCGAAUCAUUUGCUCGAGCCCCAACUCCUUCGCCACGAGCUUUUCCAUUUUCAACAUCCGAAACUCAUUCUUUACAGUUACCUCACAUUGGUUAUACACCACUCAAGUUUAUGUCGCAAAAUGAGUCCGAGCUUCUAGAGGAGGAGGAUGGCCAGCAGAGUGUCAAAUUGAGGGAAGAUUCAAAAUCUGCCACUGCGCCUCUAUUACCAGAAUUAGGGGAUGAAGAUUCGAGCAAAUUAACUCCAACUUUUACAAGAGGUAAUAAGUUUUUUGGAAUCCCACUUUCAGAUUCAACAAAUAAUAGUCCAAGAUGGUCUUACAAGUUUAAUAAGAAAUCACCAUUGGAAAAGACUGAAUUUGCUACAUCUGACUCCAACGAGGUUCAAAAUGAUUUUGAUGAUGCCAUUCUAAGUAAUUUGAAGAGACAAGUUCGCUUAGACCGCAAAUCACUCAUGGCCUUGUACAUGGAAUUGGACGAAGAAAGAAGUGCUUCAGCUGUUGCUGCUAAUAAUGCAAUGGCUAUGAUAACAAGGCUACAGGCGGAGAAAGCAGCAGUGCAAAUGGAAGCUUUGCAAUAUCAAAGAAUGAUGGAAGAACAGGCAGAGUAUGACGAGGAAGCAUUAGAAGCAACUAAUGAAAUGCUUCUCAAAAGAGAGGAAGAGUUAAGAGCUUUAGAAGAAGAAUUGGAGUUUUACAGAAACAGAUAUGGUUGCUUUAUAGAAGAAAAUGGUGGUAAUAAUACUCCUUCAUCCAGGAUUAAUGAAGAAGAUAAUAGUGGGCUCAAUUCUAAUCAACCUGUUAAAGAUUUUAAAGCAGAUAAAACAUAUUUGCUUGGUCGCAUGAAAAAGAUAGAAAAUAGAUCACCUUUUUCAGAAAAUGGAACUUACUCUGACGCUACUAUUAAUAAUAUAGAUAGUGAUAAAGAAAAAGGAAGUGAGGUAUAGAUAGAUGAAUGAAAUUUGAGGUUGCGACCAACAAGAACAAAAAACAGGUAGCUGGUGGUGGAUAUUGUGAGCUUUUUAUUACCAAAGGAGAUGUCAAGUUUUGGAAACAUGGAUAAGCUACUUGUGCAUAAUACCUAUACUUCACUAGGAUCUCAAAGAGUGUUUGGGCUUACCUAGACAAACUUGUCUAGGAUAUUUCUUUCUGUGUAUAUGACUACUCUUAAAUAUUUCUCUUUUGCCAAUUAGUUUGUACUACUUUUUUUCCACAUGGAAAUUUCUCCAUAAAAAUAGAAUUAGUAUUUGAUAUAUAUAUUAAGAGAAAAGGUAUUCUUUCA